AUGGACUACGAAUCGUUUGAUAACGACGGUGUCCCCUCCGUGUUUCUCAUUGUCGAGGACUCAAUAGUCUCAGCUCAGCCCUGGAAGAACAGUUCCCUUGAGAAAAAAAAAUACUUCUUGUUGCUUCCAAAAGCCACCACAGAGCAAUCAGGUCAAGUAGGAGAGAAGACGUGGAUAGCAACAUCAUGCCGUAUUGCAGAGGCUGAGAAGAAUACAAUUGGUGAAGAGUUGAUGUGGAAAGGAAUCAGUGUUGUCAUUAUAUUUACAUUGCUAAAGGACACACUGAUCUAUCCAGCUCAUGACUACAAAGGUUACGAGGUAAUAAUGCAAAACGGAAAACUCAUUCACAUUGUGGUUUUUGUGAAUGACUUGUGA